AAAAACUUCUCUAUAUAUAACAACGUUACCUCCAGCAUUGAAAAAUUACCUAGUGCUAAUUCUUCUCAAACAAACUCAAAUAAAGAAUAAAGAAAAACUCAAAUAAAAUGGCGGGCCGCGACACAUUCCAGCUACGUUUCGUGGCUGUCGCGGCAUCCGCCGCCGUAUUGAUCUUUCUCAUGGCUGGUCAAGUCGCGGAAUCGCGCAUGAUCAACAUAUGCUCUCACACAGCGUAUCCAUCUUUGUGCCGACCUCUAGUGAAAAGAAUCACGGACCCUAGACGAGCCACGCACCGAACCAUCCAGGCAUUAGAGGUCAAGACAAAAGUGGCUCUAGCCGAAGCAGCUAGGUUUAAAAACGGUAACCAAGCGAUCAGCACGUGUUUCGGGACGUUUAGCGACGCGAUAUUCAAUUUAGCGAGUGCGAAGAAGAGCAUAAGGAAACGCGACGUGAUGGAGAUCAACACGUACCUAACAGCGGCAGUGUCUGAUUAUGGCGCAUGCGUUGACGGGUUUAUUGAAACGGGUCAGGUUAAUGCGGUCCAGAACGUAGCAGUUGACUUGAGGAAGAUUAGCAGCAAUUGCUUGACGUUGUCUACAUUGAUUAGCUGAUCGAUUAAGAAAACUUUUUAUUAAUUUUUCUCAAAACAAAAAAAAA